CAUGCACGAGCGGCACGAACGUCACCGAUCAAUUCUCGCAGCUCUAAUACUAGGUUGUCGUUGUAACUUAAAAUUUGAGUAAAGAUAAUAAUUUCAGAAAGAUUUACAUUCCAGAUCUAGCUUACAAAAGUGCUAGAUUCAUGCACAUUCGUGCUGAUGAAAUUUCAUGAGCAUGGAUCUUCGUAAAGCUUCUUUGAUUGUCGGUUUGUUGGUCGUGUUUUUGGCUGCUUGCACGACCGCUCAGUAUCAACCCAACUGGGAUUCUCUGGACUCGCGGCCCCUGCCCGCCUGGUACGACCAAUCCAAGUUCGGUAUCUUCAUUCAUUGGGGAGUCUUCAGCGUUCCUAGUUUCUCAUCUGAAUGGUUUUGGUGGCAAUGGAAAGGCAACAAUCCGAUCCCAGAUGUGGUCCAGUUUAUGGAGGACAACUACAGACCUGACUUCACCUAUGCCGAUUUUGCUCCUGAUUUCAGGGCAGAAUUCUUUGAUCCUGAUCAGUGGGCAGAAAUUCUGCAAGCAUCUGGAGCAAAGUAUGUUGUGCUGACAAGCAAACAUCAUGAGGGCUUUACAAACUGGCCUUCAAAAUAUUCCUGGAACUGGAACUCGAUGGAUGUAGGACCAAAGAGAAAUCUUGUUGGUGAUCUAGCUGCUGCUGUAAGGAAUAAAACCAAUAUUCACUUUGGACUCUACCACUCUCUAUUUGAAUGGUUCAACCCGCUCUACCUCAAAGACAAGGCUAAUAACUUCACAACCCAGGAGUAUUGUGAGAAAGUGUUAUGGCCCGAGUUGUUCGAGUUGGUGAAUACCUUCGAACCCGACGUCCUGUGGUCAGAUGGAGAUUGGGUGGCACCUGAUACAUACUGGAACAGUACCGAGUUCCUAGCAUGGCUCUACAACUCAAGCCCAGUGAAGGACAAGAUAGUGACCAAUGAUCGCUGGGGCAGUGGGGAUAUGUGCCAUCACGGAGGAUACUAUACUUGUAGUGACAGAUUUAACCCUGGUGUUCUGCAGAAACAUAAAUGGGAGAACUGUAUGACUAUUGAUAAGGCAUCCUGGGGAUUCAGACGCAACGCUCCUCUUGCUGAUUACCUCGAUAUGGAUGAACUCAUUGAAUUGCUUGCGAGUACUGUCAGCUGCAAUGGUAACCUACUGAUGAACAUUGGGCCGACGGCCGAUGGUCGUAUUGUACCCAUCUAUGAAGAACGUCUUAGAUCCAUGGGUGAUUGGCUGAAGGUGAAUGGAGAAGCUAUCUUUGAAACCAGGCCUUGGAGGGCACAGAAUGAUACUGUCACCAAAGGAAUCUGGUAUACCAACAAGACGACUGGUGUCUAUGCUAUAGUCCUGGACUGGCCGGCGAACAAUGAGCUGUUUCUAGGUGCCCCUAUUCCUUCCUCUCAGUCCUCCCUGUUCAUGUUGGGGUAUAACCAGCCAUUGAAAUGGUCUGGAUAUGCUGGUAAACCCGGUAUCCACGUUACCAUGCCCCAACUCAACCCAGCGACAAUGCCGUGUGAAUGGGCUUGGGUGAUUAAGAUGAAGGCGGUGCAAUGAGGAAAGGGCAUGGGAUGUGACUUUGGUACAACAGGG